UCUGUAGAUACCGGAACUCAAGAAUACUUAGUUAUUGUGCAAUUAAAGCAAUUAUAAUAAAAGUGCAGUGAUUUUAUCAACUGGGGUUAAUGAGUAAUUUGGCAGUUACCAGGAAAUUCACAUGAGUAAAAAGGACAUAUCAUUGCUCAGUUACAGCACAAAAGACACAGAAAAGCAAUCCUUCGUGUUCAAUCGGCAACAACAAAAUGCACUCCGGGACUUUCCUGUUGCUUUCUUCAGCUCUAUACCUGCUGGUGGUGGCAACAGCCUCAGAACUAACCUGUGAGAGUACCCAAGACUUCGAACCCUGCCAUGGAGAUAUAGGGAAUUUCUGCCCAAGUGAUAUACCGUGCGUUUGUGUUAAUUUACAACCACAAUGCAGCUGUCCUAACUAUAAAGGUCCUAAAGGUGACUAUUGGUACAUCGGUGCAAAAUGUGACCAGCUCUGGACCACGCGGGACCUGAUCUUCGUAACAGUUAUGCCAGGUGUUGCUUUGGCUGCUGUAGUUGCAGUCAUAGGACAGAUCAUUUAUCACUGCAAAACAAGAUCAAACAAGAAAACUGCAAGGAGUUCCGAGCAACAAAAGGAACGUCUCACCUCAGAUAGCAAACAGAUCGAGAAUCCACGGCAACAGACAGAAAGGCAGUCAACAAAUUACUUCCAGAACCAGGGCUUUGUCGCAAAUGAGAAUCCGAUUUAUGCAGACCAGGUUAACAGUGCAUCAAUGUCACCACAAGGCAUGAGACCAGCAAUGAGGGCAGCAGAGCCAGUACGCAAUGGAGGUAGAGGAUUUCAAUAUGCUCCAAGCUCUAGCCGACCAAUGCAUGAAAACCCAGACUAUUUCCAACCAAAAGCCCAGCUGUACCCUGAAAUGCCUCUACCUGAAGAAGAUUAUAUUAUAAAUCAAAGACCCAGCUACCAACAAAAUCAAAAGACAUCCCUUUUUCCUAAAGUGAUGGUAUCUUCACCACAAGAUGACUACAGACAAGCUUCUGCUUCUCAGUGGAACGAAACACCCUACAUGACUGGACGCCCCCAGAUAAGAAAUGAUUAUAGAUAUUGAAAUAUAUAUAUUAGAAACUGGUAAACAUAAUAUUUCCCAUAUUCCUUUUCUGUGGAAAUGUAUGUAUGUAGGCAUAUCUCUCUCGCAUUAAAACAAAAAUGCCAUGCCUCUAAAAAGGUAAAAGUAUACAUAAUAAAUAUAUCCUGUGUUGCUUUGAUUACUGUUUUACUGUAUUAAACACAUUAAUAAAACAAAUAAAUUGUCUAUCUUUAAAAAUAUA